GGCAAAGGGACAUUAUAGCGAGAAGAAAGCUGCCGUGUUGAUGAAAACGAUAGCGGGAGUUGUCGAGGCGUGUCAUUCGCUAGGUGUCAUGCAUAGGGACCUUAAGCCCGAAAAUUUCCUCUUCGAUAGCCCUGAUGAGGAUGCCAAGCUUAAGUCCACCGAUUUCGGUUUGUCCGUGUUCUUCAAACCCGGGCAGUACCUUUCUGAUGUUGUAGGAAGUCCAUAUUAUGUUGCACCAGAAGUACUCCAAAAGCACUAUGGAACUGAAAUUGAUGUGUGGAGUGCUGGUGUUAUUCUUUACAUUUUACUAUCAGGUGUUCCUCCAUUUUGGGCAGAAACGGAUAAUGGAAUCUUCAAGCAGAUUCUGAAAGGCAAAUUAGAUUUUGAAUCUGAUCCCUGGCCGUCCAUUUCAGACAGUGCAAAGGAUUUGAUAAAAAAGAUGCUCCACCGUGACCCGAAGAAGCGAAUAACCGCUCACGAGGUCUUAAGACACCCAUGGAUUGUGGAUGACACAGUUGCCCCAGACAGACCGUUGGGCUCAGCGGUUUUGUCGCGCCUGAAACAAUUCUCAGCUAUGAACAAACUGAAAAAGAUGGCUCUUCGCGUAAUAGCAGAGAGGCUAUCAGAGGAAGAAAUCGGAGGGCUAAGGCAGCUAUUCAAAAUGAUAGAUACAGAUGGGAGUGGAAGUAUCACAUUUGAGGAACUCAAACAAGGGUUGAAAAGAGUUGGGUCUGAGCUUAUGGAAGCUGAUAUUCAUGCUCUCAUGGAAGCGGCUGAUAUUGACAAUAGUGGAACCAUUGACUAUGGUGAGUUUCUUGCGGCAACAUUGCACUUGAACAAGAUGGAAAGAGAGGAAAAUUUGCUGGCUGCUUUCUCUUAUUUUGACAAAGAUGGCAGCGGUUAUAUUACCGUUGAUGAACUUCAACAAGCCUGCAAAGAAUUCGGAUUGGGGGACGUUCAUCUCGAGGAGACCAUUGAAGAAAUCGACAUCGACAAUGACGGACGUAUAGAUUAUGGGGAAUUUGCAACAAUGAUGAAGAAAGGGAAUGCAGGACUUGCAGCCAGAAGUAUGAGAGGCAACUUGAAUUUCAACUUGGCUGAUGCCUUUGGAACAAAUGACCCCAGUAACUAAACAACAAUAGAAAUGAUUUGCUUUUUAUUAGGUUAGAGAAAUUUAUAUGGUGGACAUUUAUUGAAAAUAUUUAUAUUUUCCCAUAUUUUUUCCAUUUGUCCAUUAUUAAGACUUGUAGUAUUCUUAUCCUUAGGCAUUUCUAUGUGAAUGAUAUGUAUUAAAUGGCCCAUGUAUAUCCAUGAACACAUGUGUUUGUCUCAUUUUUUUUUAUCACAUUCACC